GGUGCGGAGGCUGGCGGACACACAGCGAAAAAGACAGCGGUUCCUUUCCCCGGGUCCUCGAGCGUUUGCUGAGGGCGUGCGUGGCGAGGUGAGCGAUUUGCAAACUUUGGCCCGGCCUGCACCGCCAGCACCCAACAAUCCGGCUUUUUCUGGCUGGCGGCACGCGACCUAGUGCCAGAGAAAACCAGUUUAGAAGGCCAAGAUGUUUUUCAACUUGAGGAUAUUUUCACUGAACCAUAAGAAAAUAUCCAGCUUCCGUGUUAAUAAUAUGUGUUGCUGUAAAAUAAGAACAAGUUUAAAAAAAUUAAAGCCACCUGUGCCUCUUGGAAGAAGUUAUAGUUCGCUACCAGGAUUAAUAGGAAAUGAUAUCAAAUCCCUUCAUUCCAUCAUCAAUCCUCCCAUAGCUAAAAUUCGUAAUAUUGGAAUUAUGGCUCAUAUUGAUGCAGGGAAAACUACCACCACAGAAAGGAUAUUGUACUAUUCUGGAUACACAAGAUCACUGGGAGAUGUUGAUGAUGGAGACACAGUGACAGAUUUCAUGGCUCAAGAGCGAGAAAGAGGCAUAACGAUUCAAUCAGCUGCUGUUACAUUUGAUUGGAAGGGGUAUAGAGUCAAUCUAAUUGAUACACCAGGUCAUGUGGACUUUACCUUGGAGGUUGAACGCUGCUUAAGAGUACUGGAUGGUGCAGUGGCUGUGUUUGAUGCCUCAGCUGGUGUAGAGGCACAGACUCUCACAGUAUGGAGGCAAGCUGAUAAACACAAGAUACCUCGCAUCUGUUUUUUAAACAAGAUGGACAAAACUGGAGCAAGUUUUAACUAUGCAGUUGAAAGCAUCAGAGAGAAAUUGAAGGCAAAACCUUUGCUUUUACAGUUACCAAUUGGAGAAGCCAAAGCUUUCAAAGGAGUAGUGGAUAUAGUAAAAAAAGAAAAACUUCUUUGGCAUCCCAAUUCACAUGAUGGAAAAGACUUUGAAAGAAAACCCCUCUUGGAAAUGAGUGAUCCCGAGUUGCUGAAGGAGACAACAGAAGCAAGGAAUGCCUUAAUUGAACAAGUCGCAGAUUUGGAUGAUGAAUUUGCUGACUUGGUUUUAGGAGAAUUUAGUGAAAACUUUGAUUUGCUACCAGCUGAAAAGCUACAGACUGCAAUACAGAGAGUAACACUGGCUCAGACAGCUGUGCCUGUACUUUGUGGAAGUGCCCUGAAAAACAAAGGUAUUCAGCCUUUGUUAGAUGCUAUUACCAUGUAUUUGCCUUCACCCGAGGAGCGCAACUAUGAAUUUCUGCAGUGGUAUAAGGGUGACUUAUGUGCAUUGGCAUUUAAAGUUCUCCAUGACAAGCAGCGAGGACCACUGAUUUUUAUGCGUGUUUACUCAGGCAUGAUUAAACCCCAGUUGGCCGUCCAUAAUAUUAAUGGAAACUGCACGGAGAGAAUAAGUCGUCUGCUUUUGCCAUUUGCUGACCAGCAUAUAGAAAUCCCAUCUCUGACUGCUGGGAACAUUGCUUUGACUGUAGGGCUUAAACAUACUGCCACUGGAGACACCAUAGUCUCAUCCAAGUCCAGUGCAUUAGCUGCUGCUCGUCGAGCCGAAAGGGAGGGAGAAAAGAAGCAUAAACAAAACAGUGAAGCUGAGAGACUUUUAUUGGCUGGAGUGGAGAUUCCAGAACCUGUUUUCUUCUGUACCAUAGAACCCCCAUCAGUGGCUAAGCAGCCAGAUUUGGAUCAUGCAUUGAAAUGCCUUCAGCGUGAAGAUCCCAGUUUGAAAGUGAGGCUAGAUCCUGACUCUGGACAGACUGUCCUGUGUGGUAUGGGGGAGUUACAUAUUGAGAUUAUUCAUGACCGAAUUAAAAGGGAAUAUGGACUGGAAACCUAUCUAGGACCUCUCCAGGUGGCAUACCGAGAGACCAUCCUAAAUUCAGUUCAUGCCACAGAUACCUUAGAUAGAACUUUAGGAGACAGGCGGCAUCUUGUGACUGUAGAACUGGAAUCAAAGCCAGUUGAAACCUCAUCUGUUAUGCCAGUUAUUGAAUAUGCUGAAAGUGUUAGUGAAGACCUUUUGAAGGCCUCUCAAGAGGCCAUUGAAAAUGGAAUUCACAGUGCAUGCCUUCAAGGACCACUGCUUGGAUCCCCAGUUCAAGAUGUGGCAAUUACUUUACGUUCACUGAUAAUUCAUCCUGGUACUUCCACAACUAUGAUUUCUGCCUGUAUCUCAAGAUGUGUACAGAAGGCUUUGAAGAAAGCUGAUAAGCAAGUUUUAGAGCCCCUGAUGAAGCUUGAGGUUACAGUGCCCGGAGAUUACCUCAGCCCUGUCCUGGCAGAUCUGGCACAAAGAAGAGGAAACAUUCAGGAAAUUCAGACUCGUCAGGACAACAAAGUUGUUAUUGGAUUUGUUCCCUUAGCAGAAAUUAUGGGUUACUCAACUGUGCUUCGAACACUAACAUCAGGCUCAGCUACUUUUGCCUUAGAAUUGUCUAAUUAUCAAGCCAUGAACCCUCAAGAUCAAAGUACACUGCUGAACCAGAGAAGUGGUUUGACCUAUGUGCCUUAGCUCUUUGGAAAUGGAGAGAAAUUCAGGAGCGCCUACUUCAUUUUCAUAAGUGCCAAAUGCGGUUCACUUCAGGGACUUAAAAGUUUCAUCAGCCUCAAGGUAGGAUAUUUAACUUUUGCCAGUAUAUCACUCCAUAUAGGUGUAAUGAAUGAAAACUUUAGUCCAUUUCUGUCACACUACUGUUUUACUUUGAAAGUAUGAGGAUGUCACCAACUUUUCUGGAAAGGUUAUAUUAGUAGCUAACUCAGUUGCCCCAUGCAAGAGAAAUUUGACUAUGUUAGAGAGAAAUGCCAUUUGAAAUUAAUUUUAUUGUUAAGCACAAUUGUCAAAAUAUACUUAAUAGCAAUGAGGUCUCAUUUGUACUCAUUUGUUUAUUCUGCCCUUCUGUAAAAAAGAACUGAACUUCAGAGAACUUCAGUUUGGGAUUAAGAAGAAGACAGCAACAGAGUUGGGUAGAAGGGGAAGAUGAGAAGGACGCACUAAAGAGUAAAGUACAUGAAAAAAAAAUACCAUUAUCACUGGGCUCAGUCUUAACAGCUAUUGCCUUACAAAUGUUUGAAAGAAAAGGGAAACUAAUUUCCCCCAUAAUGUUGGGGAACUCUUCAUCGGGGUUCCUCCCAUCCAAGAUGUUAGAAUGAAUCUAAGUCUGUCAUAUGUGAUCAGAAUCAGAUGCCAUCCUCACCUUCACGUUAUUAUCAAAAACCUCUUGCCAGACUAUGGAGCUCUUCUUUAGGGUUGAAAUCAUUUCCACGAUCCUACCAUUGAAAAAAAUAAGUUAUUUCAGAUAUCAAACUUAAGCAUGCAAAUUUUCUAGCAACAUGGAGAGGGACCUUUCAACAUAGCACAACCUCACAGCAGAACCAGCUAAAGUUGGGUGGUGGACAUGGUGGCUCCUACUCUGUGGCCCCUAACAGAAGUUUGUUGAUCCCUAGCAUAGAGCAUCUCUGUCGAGUAGAACUUUCCACAGUGAUGGGGAAUGUUCUCUCCCUCACUUUCCAGUAAGGAAGCCAGUGGACUCAAGGCUCCUGCACCCUUGAAGUGUGGCUAAUGUUACUGAGAAACUGAAUUUUUCAUUUUCUUCGAUUUUAAUUUCAAUACAAACACUUAAAAUGCUUAGAUUCCGUGAACAGUGCUGUGGUUACUAGAGGGGAGGUAGGAAUGGGAGAGAGUAAAAUGAGUAAAGGGUCAACUUUUAUGUUGGUGGAUGGAAAUGAGACUUUUGCUGGUGAGCAUAACGUACUCUAUGCAAAAGUUAUAGUAUAAUACUAUAAAUCACUGUCACCUCUAAAAAAAUUUUAAAUACAGCCAUGUGUGGCCACUGCUACCAUAUUGGACUGCCUGGGUGUAAAGUAAAAAAUACUCCUGGAGUUGACAAAAGGGAAUGAGUUCCAGGGACUGUGGAUGGUAAUGAAGACUUUGCAGGGCAGCCAGGCUUUGAGCUAACUGUUACUUUACAUUUCAAACAGUUAUUGCAAAAAGUUUAGUGUUACCAUGUUACUGGUUUAAAUCAAGCAGUGGAUAUAUUGUGUCCUUUAUGAUUUUUCAUCUACACUACAUACAACAAAGUAUAUAACAUCUACACUUUGGCAAGGUGGGUACAGAUAUGGAAAAAGCAGUACUAAACAACUAAAACCUCUAUAGGAAGCACUGACAAAACAAAAACAGAACAGGCGUACAAAAAACUUACUUUUCAACAUAGAAAGAUUCUAGUUUUCUAAAAUCUUUUUGAAAGCCACUGCGUUCCAUGAACUUUAGGAUUUCUGGAUUAGAUGCCCUUAAACAAACACAGUGAUUAAAAUUUUAUUUAAAAGUUUUAUAUGCCCAAUCUAUUUCAUGUAACACCCCCCUCCCCCAGCCCCGAACAAAACCGGCAGCAUAUAUCCCUAACAUCAUUUGUGCAGAUUUAGAACUACUAAAGUCUGUAGGAGGUAGAUUAAGCCAGGUUCAGCUUCUCCUCAGUGAGUAAAUCCAGCCUGAGCAACAUUUAACAUCUGUGGCCUCUAAAGAGGCCACGCAUGCAGAGAUUUUGCACUCAGUCGUUCUGAGGCCCUCAGGCAGACUUUGACAAAAAGUGUAGAAUCUCUCCUUUGUACAGAUAUAAUCUGUCACAAAUUUACCAGGGCAAGAAUUCCAGAUAAAGUAUUUAAGCCUUCACUGGCAGAUGGUGAAAAAUAUGGUGGAGAUUUACAACACCCUCAAAAACUACACAUUGUUAUCAGAAUAAAAGAUGUCCAUAUUGGAAAAGAUAAAAAUGCUUGGAUUAGAAAAAGCACAUAGUCAAUUUCAUAAAACUAUCCCUUCAGUGAAUGCGAAACUGAAAGUAAACCAUUUGGUAAGAAUCAAGCAUCUGAAGUUGCCACAGGACUUCACCAGCGGAAGAUGUGGCUGACACAUGCCUUGAGAGCCCUGGGGAAUUAGUGGUGUGCUGGCACCUAACGUUCUGGGCCACGAAGCAGUUAGGUCCCAAUGCCAAAACAGUUUCAGAUUUAAAAAGGCAAAUAGUUUUUAUUUUUAGAAAUGUCCAUAAGCUGAUUUCUUAUAAAAAUGACUUUCCCUUCUCACCUUUCUCCUCCAUCUCAAGCUAUUUGCAAAAUGGAUUUUUAUUUGAAAAAUCCUCCCUACUUAACCAUUGCUGUCUUUCACCAUAGUAUUUGGUUAAAUCUCCAUUUUCUUCUGCACCUUGAUUCUCCUUUCUAAAAGCUUUAACUUUGUCAAACCACCCAUAUGUGGAUUCUACAAAAAUCCACUAGUUCAGGAAUUGUGCUGCUAACUUUUAACCUUGAAAGCAGAGGUGUUACCCUAAAUCUUAUUAUUUAAUUUGAAAUCUCUACACUGCCAAUUAAAUGUGAACAGGUAAAAAUAAAAUUUAUCAUACCAACAUGUAAAAUCCACUUCAUCUCCUCCCAAAUGAAUGAACUGAUCUGGAAACACCUUACUAAUUUCUUGAAAAAAUGUAGACAUGAAGGUAUAAGUUGAAUUCACAAUAGGGUUUACAGGUCCAAACGUCCCAGAUGGUGUCUUUACAUUAUAGCAUGGAGUAAGGAGGCCUUUUUGACCUGGAAAAGAACAUGGAGAUUCUUUUCUAAUAAAGUAUUUUAAUCACAAUACAUGACUUUGGAUGUGGUUAUACCACUUAGUUCAAGUGAUGAGAUUUUAUACAGAAAGAGAGAAACAUGUUUACUAAGAGGGACUAUGGGAAUUUCUUCCAGAUGAGAAUUAUUUGCUGAAUCCUCUUUCCAUACCUCUGUUUCCCUUUCCACCAGACUCUCUGAGAUUUUAUCCACUUCAACUAUUACCUCAAACAUUAAUGACUCUCCCAAAUCAUCAGUUUGGCAACUUUUCUUGAGCUUCGAUCCAUAUUUCAAAUUCUCUGCUGACAACAAGUAGCUAUCCCAGCUACAUCUCAAAUAGGAGCUCACAAAACCAGAAUUCUCUGCUCCCUAAACUCCUUCUGUAGCUUCUCCCAAUUUUCUUAUAAGGAUACCACAUCCUCCUAAUCUAACUUUUCGCCUGGAGUCAAUCAGUUGCCAAGGUCUGUGACUCAUUUCUGUAAUGUUUCUCAGUUCCGUACACUAUUUUCCACUCCUGUCAUCACCAUUUGGAGCUAGGAUGUCAAUCUCUUUCCCCUCCAGUCUGUCACUUUCACAUAGGUCUUCCUUUGUGUGACCCCCAUCACACUCCUUUGAUGUAAUUCAUGUUCAAUGAUUUGUGUGUUGUGAAGAAGCCCAUGUUCCUCACCCAAGGCUGCACAAUGUACUUGUCCAGGCUUAUUUCCUACUGUUGUCCAUUCUAUUCUAAUAAUUCAUAUACUGAGCAACCAUGAAUGCUGGGGGCUGUGUUAGGCACCUUACAGUCAUUAUUUAAUCCUCAAAACCAUUACAAGAUAGCUACUACUAAUCACCACAUUUUACGGAUGGGGAAACUGAGCAAGCGAUGUUCUUUAACCUGCCCCAGGUCACUCAGUUCAUAAAGGGCAGGAGCAGGAUUUAAACCAGGCAGUGUGGCUCCACAGCCAGUUCUUAACUAUUGUAAAGUAGUUACUCUACUGUGUGCCAACUAAAUUCCUUUCCUUUUAUUCCCUCUCCCAAAAUUAUAAGUGUUUUCCUUAAUCUUGCAAAAGCAUUUUAAGUGUUACCUGAUCAAGAAACUGUUUCUUGAACCCUACUCGCUGAAAUCAUUUUUGUUUUCUGCUGUCCCUUGCUUUUAUGCUUAAGGCAGGGCCUGGACACAGUGACUUGCUCACAAUAACGUAUUUGUGCAACUCACAAAAACAAAGUGAGCAAACACCAUUGAUAAAAAAUGCAGAACUUCAAAUGCUCACUUUUUGCAACUUAAAACACAAUCCUUACCUUUCCCCCAGGACUGUGUAUGGCCAGGUGUAUCAAAUUCUGGUAUGACUCGAAUCCCUUGUAGUCGGGCAUAUUCAAUCACCUUACGGACAUCACGUGGUGUGUACACAUGAGACAAAGAAUAGCUUCCCUAUAAAUGCACAUUUAUUAAAGUUACAAUUUACAAUGUGAAUGUGGUCCUAGAAAUUAUGAACAGUUCUGUUUGUACUUUAUCUAAUAACUGAUUUUUUCCAGUAUCACAAUGUAUUAAAUAUCCCCAUGUAUUGGGUGACCCAUUUAAAGCUCUCAGCACACUUUGGGUUAAUCCCAGCUUUCCCAAUAGAACUAUCUAGUAGCCCCUCCUGUUUCCCCAAUGUCUGUUUCAUCCUAUUUCAACCUCAUACCAAAACAAGUAAAAUGCUUGACUCCAGAGUGAAAACUCUCAAUAUACUGCUCUUGUCAGGUUCAGAAUAAAAAUCACACAUUAUAUAUAUAGCAUAACUGUUGUCUUUCAAAGUUACUAUAUUAUCAGCUUUAGGUAAAUACCCCCAGGAUCUAAGUGACCGGAUAUUUUUUAAAGUUUCACUUUAUAGUUCACGUGACAAUUAGAUCUCAGUAUUAGUUGUAACUAAAGAUAAAGAUCCACUAAAGUUUUCAGGGUAUAGACUAAAUGUUCAACUCCUGAAGAGUAGCCUUGCUCCACUUCUAAAAUCAAAUUUGUAUCUAAUCAAGACUAGAUUUAACUCUUUAGGGUAAAUACAGGGGACAGAAGAACAUGUUAAAUGACACUAUAGGAGUGCAAUAAGCAAAACCCAGACUGGGACAGUAUAAGACAAAUAACUUAGUGUCUUCAACAAAAUAACAUUUUACAAGGGGAAAAAAGAGAUUGGUAGUUGUGGGCAUCUGUUGAUCAAAAGAAUUUACAGGCAUUAUGAAUUGAACACAAUACAGGAACCUUAUUGGCACUACAAUUGAAAUUUUUCUUUUUUAAAGAUUUAUUUAUUUAUACAGGCACUGGCUACAGUCAGAAGCGCAGGAGGGUGAGAGAAUUCGCCAGAGCGGGGAGUAGAACAGGCAGAGUGACCGAAUACACUGCUGAGGGGAGCAGCGGGCAGCAGGAGAGGUCUGCGCGCCAUGUGGGACCCUCGCCCAGGG